AUGGCAGAUUUGCCGAAGGAGCGCAUUCAGGCCUCACGAGCCUUCAUCGUCACAGGAGUGGACUACUGCGGUCCAUUUUAUUUCAAACCCGAAACCCGCAACAAGUCACCCCAGAAAUGUUACAUCAGUGUUUUCAUCUGUUUCGCAACCAAGGCCGUGUGGAUGGAGCUAGUGAGGGACCUUUCAACAGGUGCUUUCUUGGAAGCUCUCAAGCGAUUUACGGCAACACGCGGCAUGCCAAGUUGUAUUUGGUCAGACAACGCAACCAAUUUCGUAGGCGCUAAGAACGAGUUGAGGGACCUAAAACGCUUACUCCUAAGCGAAGAGCACCGCAGCAAGGUUCACGUUCACUGCCUCAACAAUGGCUUCGACUGGCGAUUCAUACCACCUCGUUCACCACAUUUCGGCGGCUUGUGGGAAGCCGCAGUAAAAAUGGCUAAACAGCACCUGUACCGCACUCUUGGCUCUGCAAUUCUUAGUUUCGAUGAACUACGUACUUUGAUACAGGGACAAAUAUAUCAUUUGCAUGGUUCAGUGGUGCCAACACCAGAUGAACCGCAUCAAUUUCUGGAAAUAUAUUUCAUUUCGUCGAUGGUGGAUCAGCUGAAUGUGCGGUGCAAUAUACAGGGAGCACAACAGUUAAAGAGAAGAAUUAUUGAACAGUGGCAAGCAUUUUUUCACGCUAAUAACGCUGUCGUUAAUAUGUUCAAAACAGCAUUGGAACAUAAUAUUAUGUCUGAUUGCAAAAAAAGACGAUUGGAAAGCAGCAAAAAUCCUGAAGUAUGCGAAAAAUGGCUCUCCGAACUAUCAAGUAGUGAAGAAAGUGCUAUGGAUGAAAAAAAUGCGACGGGGGUUGACGAAGAUACGGAUAUCAAUGUGAAUGCUGCUGAAGAGAGUGACCACGAGACCGAAUCGGACUAG